CAGAGAUCUGAGUCGCCCCAGGGGCAGAAACGAAACUGAUCGCUGCUCCAAGUCGAUGCUGGUGCACUGGCUAAGUAUAGGGUGGUGGCUGGAGACUGGAGGACCACCGGCAAAGAACCAACCCUGAAGAACCUGGCCUGCAUCUGAGACGGCAUCUUUAGGGUGCAGUCUGGGGUCUGCCAGCAUGCCAGCCAUCACAGGGCCACCCUUGGCAGAACUCUAUGCUCAGGUAGACCUUCACCUGGGCUGCUCCCAGUGCACCCAGUGUCUCAAUGAGAGCACCUCCAUCCUGCACGAACUGGAACACGACUGCCCCAGGGAGAUCUUGCUGGUCCGAUACAAGCAAGGUGCCAACAAUAGGGUGUGGCGUAAGGUAGGCCGCCGACCCAGCUUCCCAAGACCUUGGCGCUAUGAGGUCUGCCGCUACUAUAGCCCAGGAUUGGGCUGCAGGCGCCACGGGAACAGAUGCACCUUUGCCCGAAGCUCCGAGGAGGCUCUCGUCUGGACAUUUGAGCGCAAGCACAACCUUCCCCGCCUGAAUUUGAAAGCUGCAGUGCAGGGCACCAGAACUCCGGAUAGGCUGCAAACCCCAGCUGAAACGAUCCGAGCAGAGUUUGGUGGCCAUUUCCAACUGCUCUGUGCCCUCUGCUUCAAGUGCCGUCCCCAAAUCCUCCUUCCCGUGGAUCCCAGGGGCCAUUGCCCUAAGCACCAAAUCUGCCCCACAGUCCUCAUUCAUGUUAUAACUGAGGGCCGAAAGCGGCAAUUUGUGGAGGUGCGGCCACAGCCACAAAACAGACGUCCUUUAAACUACUGCAACUUUGUGGGCCGCGGGGUACCAUGCCGCCACGGGACCUCACGCUGUGAGUAUGCGCACAGCGCUGUGGAGAUGGCUGUGUGGAAGGCCGAGCAGUUGGAUGGGCUCCAGAGAAGAGAUCUGCUCACAUACCCUCUCCUUGGAGAGGACAGAAGGAAAACCAGUCAUGAUCAGCCCCCGGUGGUCCAACUGUACUGCUAUGCCUGCUUGGUCACCUGUAGUUCUCAGGAGGCGUUUGAGAACCACUGUUCCUCCCUGGAGCAUGCGCAGAUGGUGGCCUUUGACCAGGCUGUGCACUGGAAGCACCGUGCCCCACCCAUGGGGCUCUCCAAAUUUGAGCUCUGCCCUAGGCCUGACAUCUGUGAGUACGGAGAUGUCUGCAUCCAGGCGCACUCACAACAGGAGUUGCAGGAGUGGGUUCAACGGGCGCAGGCCGUGGAGCUGCGGGAACAGGCUGCCUGGCAGGAUGGGCUGGUGUCUUACCAGGCACGGCUGCUAGCUGAGUACCAGUGCAGCAGCAAAGAGGUGUUGGUGAUGGCUGAGACUGUCGAUGGAGUAUCUGUCACUUGCCACCAGCCACUGGUGCACCAGGCUCAGGAGAAGAAGACCCAACACAAUUGGAUGUUCUCCAUCCACUCCGAGGACCCCUUGCUACAUGUGGCUCUGCUCAAGCAAGAGCCUGGAGCAGCCUUCUCACUGGUGGGCCCCGGCCUCCCACCAGGCCAGCUCUAUGCACGGGGAAAGCACUUCUGUGUACCCGACUCCCCAGCCCAGUUCCAGGUAGGGGUGCAUGUACAGGCUGCCUCCUUUGGCAGCUUUGAGCAAUGGGUGGUCUUUGACUUCGGUCACAGGCCGGUGGUGCUCCAGAAGCUGAAGUUGCAAUUGGGCCAGGCGCAAAGCCUAGGGCUCUGUGGGAAGCCGGCACCCAGACAACCCCAGGAACUAGACUGCUGGCACACAGGCAACCGCCAUGUGGUGCUUGAGGUAGAUUGGACACCUGAGCAGGAAGCCCUGAUGGCCAAGUACAAGGUACCCUCCCUGGCCCUGGAGUUCAGUCACAGUACCCUGGUCUGGGGCCCCGUCUCUCGUACAAACUACCGGCAGAGGAUGCACAAGUUUCUUUAUGAAGAGGAAGCAGCUCAGCAGCAGCUGGUAGCCAAGCUGGCCAUGAAGGGCCAGGUAUCCCUGAAGACGGCACUGCAGACACCGGCACUUGGCAUGCUCUUUGCACCACCAGGAGCCCUCUAUGCCGAGGUCCCUUUCCCUUCUUCUCUGUUGCCAGACACCGACCAGGGCUUCCUGCUGAGCCGGGCAGUCAGCACAGCCCUUGUGGCUCCCGUACCUGCGCCUGACAAUACGGUAUACCAAGUGCGGCUAGAGACGCGGGCCAGCUCAGAGAAUGCCCUGUGGCUGCUGUUAUCAGCACGAUGCUGCGUGGCUUUGGGGCUGCAACCACAAGACACCCCCAUCUUGGAGGUGCAGUUCCAGAUUGACCCUCUGACCUUCCGGUUCUGGCAUCAGGCAGUAGAUACACUGCCUGAAGAGCGCCUGGUGGUUCCUGACCUGCCCGCCUGCUCCCUGCCCCACCCCUGGCCCGUCCCACCCUCAUUUCGGGGCAACCACAAACAGAAGCUGGCUGUGGGGCUUAUUGCAGGCAGAAGACCCGAGGGCUCAAAGCCCAUCCCACCGCUUCUCAUCUAUGGCCCCUUUGGUACGGGCAAGACCUACACACUGGCCAUGGCUGCCCUGGAGGUUGUCCAGCAGCCCCACACCAAGGUGCUCAUCUGUACACACACCAACAGUGCCGCAGACAUCUAUAUCCGGGAGUAUUUCCACGGCUAUGUCAACAGUGGUCAUCCAGAGGCAGCUCCGCUCAGGGUGAUGUACACGGACCGCCCCCCGAGGCAGACCGACUCGACCACGUUAGGGUACUGCUGCUUGACGGAGGACCGCCAGGCCUUUCGCCCACCCACAGGAGCAGAGUUGGUACAACACCGAUUGGUGGUUACCACCACUUCCCAGGCUCGUGAGCUCCAGGUGCCAGCUGGCUUCUUCUCCCACAUUUUCAUUGAUGAGGCAGCCCAAAUGCUGGAGUGUGAGGCUCUCAUCCCACUGGCCUAUGCCUUGUCGUUAACCCGCGUAGUACUGGCAGGGGACCACAUGCAGGUCACACCUAGGCUCUUCAGUGUGCCCAGGGAUAAGGCAGCUGGGCACACCCUACUGCACCGCCUCUUCCUGUACUACCAGCAGGAGGUACACGAGAUCGCCCAGCAGAGCCGCGUCAUCUUCCACGAGAACUACCGUUCAACCGCAGCCAUCAUCAACUUUGUCUCCCACCAUUUCUACGUAGCCAAGGGCAACCCUAUCCAGGCCAGUGGCAAAGUCCCAUGCCACCCCCAAAACUAUCCUCUCAUGUUCUGCCACGUGGCAGGCAGCCCUGAGCAGGACAUGUCCAUGACUUCCUGGCUUAACUCAGCCGAGGUCACCCAGGUGGUGGAGAAGGUACAAGAGAUCUACAACACCUGGCCUCACUGCUGGGGACCCCGGGAGCAGAGGCACAUCUGUGCUGUCUCCCAUGGUGCCCAGGUCAGUGCACUGAGGCAGGAGCUAAGAAGGAGGAACCUGGGUGAGGUGUCUGUGGGCAGCUUUGAGAUCCUGCCAGGGCGUGAGUUCCGGGUGGUGGUAUUGAGUUCUGUCCACAACCGCAACAGUCUACUCAGCCCUGGGGCGCCGACCUCGGAAUUCUUCACUGAGCCUCGUGUGCUGAACACGGUCAUGACCCGUGCGCAGUCUCAGCUGGUGGCUGUGGGAGAUGCCGUGGCUCUCUGUUCCUCUGGAGCCUGUAGAAAGCUCUGGAAAAGCUUCAUUCGUGAGUGCAUAGAGCACCACAGUGUCUUCCCUGAGGAUCUGUCACUGGGGCAGAUCGAGCAGGGUGUGGCUCAGAGACAGCACUGGGCUUCUUUGACACUCAGAGCUGGGGACCCAGAUGCAAAGCACACAGCUAUGGCACAGGAUCUGCCCAGACCCACAGCUGACGGAACCACAGUCACAGUGAAGACAGAGACUGGAGCCAGGGCGGCAGCCACCGCACAGAUGGCGGCAGUUGCAGCAGGGGACACGGCAGGAGGAGGCUCCACCUCUAGACGUGCAGCAACGGGAACAUCUACCCAGGAGGGUGGGAUGCCUGAAGAACCUGAGGAUUCUGAGUCUGACUUCUGGCCCUCCGACUGGGAACUCAACGCUGAUGAUGCCAUCCUGAAGGAACUCCUUGACGAGAGCCGGCAAGUGACUGUGACGGUUCGGGAGGAUGGGCUUCUGGACACCAUGGUUUGGCCUGCAUCCCCACAGAAGGCCCAGCAGUACACAAACCUGCCAACCACGAUGCUGCGUAAGUUGUUGCGCUCAAGCCCCAAACAAUACCGCCACUGCAGCUUCCUACAGGAGACCUUUGAGAGAGCACUGGCCACGCCACUGGAUGACACGGCCUCUAACCCUAUCCAAGUCAGGGGUCGCCUGAACUGCGGGAUGGCCUUCACGGGAGAUGAGGUGUUAGUCCAGGUCCUAGGCCCAGCAGCUGACGACAGGGGCAUCUCAGGAAGCCUGCAGGGUCGUGUGAUGGGUGUGCUGAAGAGAAGGAAACAUGAACUGGCCUUCGUGUGUCGAAUGGAUGACUGGGACCCCCGAAUCAUGAUCCCCAUCAAUGGUUCUGUGACCAAGAUUUUUGUGGCAGAGAUGAAGGACCCGCGGCAAGUUCCCAUCCACCGCCUCAUCCAAGGCCAAGUGAAGCGUGUAAGGCAUGAGAAUCUCAAGCCUGAGGACCGGAGCACCCGACUUUUCUGGGUCCGUAUUGUCCUAUGGCGAGAACGUUUCUACUACCCACUAGGCAUAAUCCUGGAGGUGCUGCCCAAGGCCAUCACCUGGGAGCAGGGCCUUUAUAUCCUUGAUCUAGAGCAUGGCCUGAAGGCCCACGCACCAGACCCAGCCUCUGUUUCCAAGGCUUUGCAGAGGUACCACUCAGAGCUAAACAUGGCCUCUGGUCCCCGAGAGGACUGCCGCCACUUCUUGACCUUCACUGUGGACCCCCAGGGUGCCUGCAACCUUGAUGAUGCUCUCAGUGUCCGGGACUUAGGCUCAGUGUGUGAGGUGGCUGUGCACAUUGCUGAUGUGGCCAGCUUGGUGCCCAAGGAUGGAGCGCUGGACAUGAAAGCCCGCCAGCAGGGCUCUGUGUUCUAUGCCCCCAGCAGGGAGCCAGUACUCAUGCUGCCAGCCAGCUUGUGCCAGGAUGGGCUCAGCCUUCUGCCAGGCCAGGAUCGCCUUGCCAUCUCUCUCUUCCUCACCAUGGAGAAGGGCAGUGGCCAGAUCAAGAGUCUACGGUUUGCACCGUCUAUAAUCUGCAAUGACUGCCAGCUGUCAUACGAGGAAGCUGAAGAACUGAUCAAGGGGCACCCUGGGGGUGGCCUGGAGAUGCCAGCCCACCUGAACUCUGUGGAAGCCUGUGUCGUGGCUGCCUGUUACUUCUCUUGGAUGUUGCGCCGUCAGCGCCUGACAGCUGCCUGCUACUAUGAGCCGCCGGAUGAGGACAAUGUGCUGGGCUUUCGCACGGCCCACAUCAUGGUCCAAGAGUACAUGAUCCAGUUUAACAGCCGUGUGGCUGAGUUCCUUGUGGGCAAUAAACACACGCAGACACUGAUACCACUGAGGUGGCAGCCCACACCCAACAGGCAACAGCUUGACAGUGUUUUUAAGAAGCACGGAGGGCUGGUGCCCCUGUCGCUGCACCUGUGCCAACACUUGAACACCCACUACACCCCCAGCAAGCAGCUGUGUCUCCUGACUUCCCUCUGGAAGCAAGUGCAGCUUGCAGCUGGUACUCAGGACUAUAUCCAGAUGGUGGAUCUUAUUGCUGCCGAUGACAUGCACCCUUCACUGGCUCCUGUGUGCCUGGACUUCCGAAAGGCUCUAGGCCGCUCUGUUUUUGGUCGUUCCAGCCAGGGUGAGCAGCAACCCGCAGGCCACUACUCGCUGCAGGUAGAUUGGUACACGUGGGCCACUUCGCCCAUCCGUAGGUACCUGGAUGUUGUGCUGCAGCGGCUGAUCCUAACGGCGCUGGGCCACAGGGCCUAUACAUACUCUACCAGGGACAUCGAUGGUCUCUGCCAGGACUUCAGUCGCCAGUAUGCCUGUGCCCAGAGCUACCAACGGCGGGCCUACAGCCUGUACCUGGCCACCCAACUCAAGGCCCAGCCUCGAGGCAAGCUGGGCUUUGUGGUGGAUGUCGAGAUGGGUGCCCGCUGCUUCAAGUUGCUUUUCCCUGUCAACCGAGAAACCCUGCCUGACCCCUGCCCUAUCUACUACCCCUCCCUGCAGCUGGCUGAACACCCCGAGGAGCUAGUGAGCCAGACAGGCCUGCGGCUUGUAUGGCGGCGCCGUAUCUACUCGGUGCAGGGGUCCAAGCCAACUUUACCAGUGCUGGGCACGAGUCUUGAUCCACACACCCAGACUAUAGAUGCUGCCCUGUGGACUCAGCUCCAAGGGCUGCUGAAGGAGCAGCGGUGGGCUGAGGUCGCUGCCCUCCUCCAGGAGCAAGACAAGAAGCUUCCUCCUGGGAGGGAGCGGGUGCAGAUACACCAGAGUCACUGUGGACACUUCGUGGAGGUGGCCUGUGAGCUGAGCAGAGGAGAUACUCUACAAGUUCAGCUUAGUGCCAGCCUGCAGCGGGGCUUCCUGGCGCCAGCCUUGCAGCUGUGGACGGUGGCGCCUGGCUUCAGCCUCUGUCUGGAGCACAUGGAACGGCCAGGUGACUGCUUUUCGGGUCCCGUGCACCAGGCUCUGAAGGACCGCUACCGAAAAGCAAGCGAGUACUCAAAGGUGUGGAAGCCGCUCUGUGCCCUGGAGUCCCUUACCAGUGCUGUUACAGAAAACGACUCCAUUGUGCUGCAGAACGUACAUAUUUCCUGGGACACACAUCGGACGUCCCAGGGGCAACUGCAGGGCACCCUCCAGCUAGAAGCUGCUUUUCUCCAGGAGAACAGUAUCAACAUCCACUUUGACUGUUGCUAUCUCUGCAUUCGGCUUGAGGGGAUCCCCCUCUCUCUAGCCAGCCCACUCCCUGCACCCAGAUGCCUCGGACCCUUCCUGAGCAUUGACCCUGAUACAUAUACCUGGGUGGCCCAUGGCCUGGCUGGUGACUGGGACCAUAGGCUGGGCGGUGACUGGGACCAGGAGAGUGUGGAUGAUCGGCAGGAGGUUCCCAGGCAGGUACAUUUCUUCAUCCACCACAUGGCCAUGGAGAAGGUUCCAGAAGAGGUGCUGAGACCUAAUGCUCGGUUCACUGUGGAAGUAAUAUCUAAGCAGCUUCCUGACCUCCGCAAGGAAGAAGCUGUGCGUAGACUGAAAGACGCAUCCCCACUGGUCAUCAGCAUUGCCUUGGGCAGGCCCAUCCCUGAGCCCAUUCACCAGCCCCGUCACCAACCCCAUCACCAGCCCCAUCACCGGCCCAUCCUCGAGCCCCAUCACCGGUUUAUCCCUGAGCGCUAUUACUGGCACUCUUUCUGCAGGGCACCUACCAGCAGGUUCUCGGGGCGGCAGCACCUGCUACCACCUACCGGCAGGUUCUUGGAGCGGCAGAACUACAAUAUCCCUGGUGGGCGUCACAAGCUGAACCCUAGCCAGAACAGAGCCAUCAGGAGUGCUCUGGAGAAGCAAUUCACAGUCAUCCAGGGCCCACCAGGCACAGGAAAGACCAUUGUGGGCUUCCACAUUGUAUACUGGCUCCAUAGGUUAAACCAGCAACAGAUGCCACCUGGCCGAAGCCCUGGUGGAGAGGAACAGCUGGGGGGCCCGUGUGUCUUAUAUUGUGGCCCCUCCAACAAGUCCGUGGAUGUCCUGGGAGGACUGCUUCUGAGUAGGAAGACAGAGUUGAGGCCCCUGCGUGUGUAUGGGGAGCAGGCAGAGGCCACUGAAUUCCCACUGCCAGGAGUGAGUAGCAGGAGUAUACUCACCAAGACCUCCCAGGAAGGGAGGCCGAAUCAGAGCCUUAGGAGCAUUACCCUUCACCAUCGGAUCCGCCAGGCCCCCAAUCCCUAUGCAGCAGAGAUCAGAAAAUUUGAUGCCCAGCUUCGGGAAGGGAAAAUGCUCACAAAGGAAGAUCUUGUGGUGUACAGGAGAGUCUUGGGGAAGGCUCGCAAGUAUGAGCUCGAGCGGCACUCGGUCAUCCUGUGUACGUGUUCCUGUUCGGCAUCGGGAAGCCUGAAAACUCUCAGAGUUCGACAGAUCCUUAUCGACGAGGCAGGCAUGGCCACUGAGCCAGAAACCCUUAUUCCGUUGGUGUGCUUCUCGCGGGUUGAGAAGGUAGUUCUGCUUGGAGACCACAAGCAGUUGCAGCCUGUGGUCAAGAAUGAACAUCUGCGAAACCUGGGGAUGGACCGGUCUCUCUUUGAGAGGUACCACAAGGAUGCCAUCCUGCUGGACACACAGUACCGUAUGCAUAAGGACAUCUGCUCCUUUCCCUCCAUGGAAUUCUAUGGGAAUAAGUUGAAGACCUGGUCUGACUUGAAGCGUCCUCGCAGCAUCCUGGGCCAUGCUGGCAAGGAGAGCUGCCCUGUCAUCUUUGGCUAUGUGCAGGGCCAGGAGCAGAGGCUGCUGGUGUCCACCGAGGAGGGCAACGAGAACUCUAGAGCCAAUCCAGAGGAAGUAGCGGAGGUGGUCCGCAUCACCAAGCAGUUGACCCUGGACCGGAUGGUGGAUCCCAAGGACAUUGCCGUCCUUACGCCCUACAAUGCACAGGCUGCUGCAAUCAGCAAGGGCCUCAGGGAAAGAGGGGUCAUCGGAGUGACUGUGACUUCCAUAACCAAGAGCCAGGGAAGCGAGUGGCGCUAUGUGCUAGUGAGCACUGUCAGAACAUGCCCCAGGAGUGAUGUGGACCAGAGGCCAACCAAGAGCUGGCUCAAGAAGUUUCUGGGCUUUGUUGUGGACCCUCACCAAGUAAACGUGGCCAUCACCCGGGCCCAGGAGGGGUUGUGCCUCAUUGGGGACCACGUUCUGCUACGCUGCUGCCCACUCUGGCACCGUCUCCUAGACUUCUGCGAGGCCCAGCACAGCCUUGUGCCUGCUAAGAAGGUGCGGGUCCAGAGAAAGUCCGCUUUAUCUUCCUGAAGAACUCCCAUCUGCCUAGCCUUUGAUGUGCCAGCAGCUAUGCCCUUCAUUCUCCUCUGCCAAGGCCCUGAGCAUUCAGUGGACUGUCACUGCUCCCUGUCCCGGCUAAACAUCGGUCGACCACCUCUGCUAUCUUAUAUUGUCUUUUAUAAGAAAGGCCUUGGUAUUGGCUACAGCGACAGUCUUAGGGGCGGUGGCCUCUUCCUGGUCCGGAAGCAGGCUUCAUAAUGAUGACCUUCCUGUUUGUGCCUGGACUUGAGUGGAGGGGAAAGAGCUGGAGGUGGGACCCUUUGCUCCCGUGUUGCUUUUCCUGGAGCAUUUGACGACUAGGACACCUCUUAGUGGCCACAAAAGACCCCAGGAUAUAUCUUUGCUGUCAGUGGGAGCUUAAACAGGAAUGAAACUCCUCUGAGGCUGUACUCUGACAGAGAUCCACCUGUUGUUGCACUAGGAACCAAAUAUUCAUUUGUCAUAUUUUCUAGUCUUAAUAGCCUAAAGCUAGCUCCUCUUACUGUGCCCCUCAGAGUGGGCAAGGAAGCAUUCCUGGAAGAAAAACUUUUUCUCUUUUAUUACUUACUACCUUAUGUCACGCAGGGCUGCCUGCUCGAAUAGGGGCAGGGAGGGCAGAGCCAAGCCAAAAGAUCACAACAGUCCUGGUAGGUGAAGCAUCACAGGCAGCUGGGCAACCCAGUACCACUGGGACUGGGCUUCUUCACCAAGCUUUCACACCUGUUUCUAGGGCUUUAGGACAAUCUAAGUCUCAAUCUUUUUCUGCAGGACUGAGCAGGUAAAAUCUCUCAUGGCUCCCUCUCAUACUCCCACUUCCUGGCAGUUCCAAGGCUGCAGCCACUCCCUUCUCAGUGACUCCCCUCUCUUGAAGUCAGAGAUGCUACAAGUGAGCUGUACACACCAGGAGAGGUGGGGCUUCUAAGAUCUGGCUGCAGAACCUCCUGUGAGAAUAAUGUCUGGUGUUUUCUACAAAUUAAUUUUCUACAUUCCAUCUUUUUAAAUCUUUUCUCAGGUUAUGCCUUAUAUAACUGUAUAAAUUUAUUAUAAAAAUUUCUCUGAAAGUU